CGCCCAGAGGCCCGGCAGCGGCCUUUGAUGAAGGCAGCUGACGGAAACAGCCACAGAGUCAGCCCACUCCUUGGCGGCCUUUAUGCAGUGUUCCUCUCGGCUUCUCUCACUCACACGCGCCCACCUGCGGCGACCAGCCAGACCAGCUUUUCUCUUUUGAGCCGAGUCCUGAAGAAGCGAGAAAAAAAACAGGGGCGGGGCCAACGUGGCAGGAGACGUGCGCGUGACGUCAGACAACGUCCCUCCGCAAGCAGCGCGCGUGCGCGGCGCAACUAGUGAAUUUAUGCAGAGGGGACUGGAUUCAGAAACCAAAAAACAACUAGAAGAGGAGGAAAAGAAAAUUAUUAGUGAUGAACACUGGUACUUGGACUUGCCAGAACUUAAAGAAAAAGAGAGCUUCAUAAUAGAAGAGCAGAGUUUCUUGUUAUGUGAAGAUCUUCUCUAUGGAAGAAUGUCAUUCAAAGGAUUUAAUCCUGAGGUUGAGAAAUUAAUGCUUCAGAUGAAUGCUAAGAACAAAACAGAAGAAAUUGAAGAUGAAACAUUGGAACUUGAUGUGUCCGAUGAAGAAAUGGCUAGAAGGUAUGAGACAUUGGUGGGGACAGUUGGAAAAAAGUUUGCCAAAAAGAGAGACCGGAACAAGUAUGAAGAAGAUGACAAUGGACAUAUAAAACCAUUUAAGGCAAAAAAGAUGUUCUUAAAGCCUCAAGAUUAAAAUAGGUGCCAUAAGAUCUGUCUCAAGGAUAUCUUAUGAAAGUUAGCUUCCUGUUUUGAAAGCUCAUUCUGAAUGUUUUUCUAUAGUUACUAUAAUGCUUUAAUAAUUUGUGAUGUCUAUCUGUAUAGAAAUGUAUAAUAUUGCAAACAUGCUGUUUUUUAAACAGAUAUGUGAUGGAUGUUAUACAUCCUUUCCUUAAUGUUAUAUAUGGAGUAUUGACAUUAAUCCCUUGAUUUUUCCAUUGUUCUUAGAUACAUGGUGCUUCUAAAGAUUUUUUUAGUCUCAGAUUUCUUUAUUUUUUAAAAUAGCUCUCUAGUUACUGACCUUGAACUGACUCAUAGCACCAUUGUUUACAUUGUGCUUAUGUUUAUAUUUUACUCUUAAAUUUUCAUGUAAAGUCAGUUUAUUUAAAAAUCAAUGAGAUUAAGAAUGUAUUUUAUGUAAGCUCAUCAAAACAAACAUGCCUAUCCAGCCUAAAGUAUUUGCAUGUUAACAAGUCACUGUCAUUUUGUGGAAUUAUGCUUUGUUUGUUUUAAAGCCUUCAAUCAAUAAUAAUUUUUUUGAAGUUCUGUUAUAUCUUUUUUCAUAAACUUUCAAAUAAUAA